AUGCCAUCCAAUUUUCAAGCAGAGAAUCUUGUUCAACUUAACCUUGCUUACAGUAGCAUUGAACAACUAUGGACAAGAGUCCAGAAUCUUGUGAGUUUGAAAGAGAUCAACCUUAGCCACUCUGAACACUUAGCUACAUUCCCAGACCUGUCACGGGCCAAAAGUCUUGAGAUUGUUAAUGUUGAUUUCUGUUCUAGCUUAGAAGAAGUUCCUUUAUCUAUUCGGUUUCUGCAUAAGCUUACUGAUUUGAAUAUGAGAUACUGCACAAGCCUAUUGAGGCUCCCCAGUCGUAUUAAAUUGAGAUCAUUGAAGACUCUUAACCUUUCUGGGUGCUCAAAUCUUAGAGAGUUUCCACAGCUUGGAGAAAACAUAACUUAUUUAAAUUUAAGUGAGACUGCUAUUGAUGAACUUCCAAAAUCAUUUGGGAAUUUUCGCGGACUCAUUGCAUUGAAUCUGAAGGACUUUAAAUAA